AACGUAGCUGAGGGGACUGAUGUGGACUGGAGAGAAAAGCUGAAGCAGCCCGGACCCUGCGACCAGGCCCGGGUAGUAGCAGCCGCCUUAGCAAGAGAGAGAGGCUUGUGACCUUCUUUGCCCGCGCUCCACUGUAUUUGCUUGCAGGUAUCUGUUUCCCUUUCUCCCGUGAAUCGGAGACCAGUCAGCGGUGCGUCAGUUUUCUUCAGGACCGGCAAGUCUGUAUCCUGUGUGGGGGCGAGAGCGAAGCCGGCUGGAGCAGUGCGUGCUGCUUUCGCCCAAACUCCUUGCUGGCCGUUAGGAAUCUGAAGUAAAUAGUAAAGCAUGAUGUCUUCAGUUUGGUCUGAAUAUACAAUUGGUGGGGUGAAGAUUACCUUUCCUUAUAAAGCAUACCCAUCACAGCUUGCUAUGAUGAAUUCUAUUGUCAGAGGAUUAAAUAGUAAGCAACAUUGUUUGUUGGAGAGCCCCACAGGAAGUGGGAAAAGCUUAGCCUUACUUUGUUCUGCUUUGGCAUGGCAACAGUCUCUUAGUGGGAAGCCAGUGGAUGAAAGCUUAAGUAAAAAACCUGAAGUACCAUCAUCAUGUUGUUGUGCAUGCCAUUCAAAGAAUUUUACAAACAUUGACUUGAACGAAGGAACUUCACAUCAUUUCAACAGUCCAAGUACACCACCUUCUGAAAGAAAUGACACUUCAUCAACUUAUCAAGAUUCUCCUGAAAAAACUACGCUGGCUGCAAAACUAUCUGCCAAGAAACAGGCAUCCAUAAAAAGAGAUGAAAAUGAUGAUUUUCAAGUAGAGAAGAAAAGAAUUCGACCCUUAGAAACUACACAGCAGAUUAGAAAGCGUCAUUGUUUUGAAAAGGAGGUACAUCAUUUGGAUGCAAAAGUUGCUUCAGGCAAGACUACAAAACUCAAUUCUCCAUUAGGAAAGAUAAAUUCCUUUUCUCCACAAAAUACCCCUGGUCACUGUUCCAGGUGUUGUUGUUCUACUAAACAAGGAAGCAGUCAAGAUUCCUCAAAUGCCACUAAGAAGGAUCAUGGGGGGAAAUCCAAGAUACCCAAAAUAUAUUUUGGGACACGCACACACAAACAGAUAGCUCAGAUUACUAGAGAACUCCGGAGGACCGCGUACUCAGGGGUCCCAAUGACUAUUCUCUCCAGCAGGGAUCAUACUUGUGUCCAUCCUGAAGUAAUAGGUAACUUCAACAGAAAUGAAAAGUGCAUGGAAUUGCUGGAUGGAAAAAAUGGCAAAUCCUGCUAUUUUUAUCAUGGUGUACAUAAAAUUAGUGAUCAAAACACAUUACAAACUCUUCAAGGGAUGUGCAAAGCCUGGGAUAUAGAAGAACUUGUCAGCUUGGGGAAAAAACUAAAGGCAUGUCCGUAUUACACAGCACGAGAACUAAUAGAAGAUGCUCACAUAAUAUUUUGUCCUUACAACUAUCUUCUAGAUGCACAAAUAAGGGAAAGUAUGGAUAUCAAUCUCAAAGAACAGAUUGUCAUUUUAGAUGAAGCUCAUAACAUUGAAGAGUGUGCUCGGGAAUCAGCAAGUUACAGUGUAACAGAAGUUCAGCUUCGGUUUGCUAGAGAUGAACUAGAUAGUAUGGUCAACAAUAAUAUAAGGAAGAAAGACCAUGAACCCCUACGAGCUGUGUGCUAUAGCCUAAUUAAUUGGUUAGAAGCAAACACUGAACAUCUUGUGGAAAGGGAUUAUGAAUCAUCAUGUAAAAUAUGGAGUGGAAGUGAAAUGCUCUUAAAUUUACACAAAAUGGGCAUUACCACUGCUACUUUUCCAAUAUUGCAGGGACAUUUUUCUGCUGUCCUUCAAAAAGAAGAAAAAGUCUUACCAAUUCAUGGUAAAGAGGAGGCAAGAGUAGUACCGAUUAUUAGUGCAUCAACUCAAAUAAUGCUCAAAGGACUUUUUAUGGUGUUUGACUAUCUUUUUAGGCAAAAUAGCAGAUUUGCAGAUGAUUAUAAAGUUGCUAUUCAACAGACUUAUUCUUGGAUAAAUCAGAUUGAUACUUCAGAUAAAAAUGGAUUCUUUGCUCUGGCAAAAAAUAAGAAACGUUCAAGACAGAAAACUGCAAUUCAUGUGCUAAACUUUUGGUGCUUAAAUCCAGCUGUGGCCUUUUCAGAUAUUAAUGGCAAAGUUUGGACAAUUGUUUUGACAUCUGGGACAUUAUCACCAAUGAAAUCCUUUUCUUCGGAACUUGGUGUUACAUUUACUAUCCAGCUAGAGGCCAAUCAUGUCAUUAAUAACUCACAGGUUUGGGUGGGCACCAUUGGGUCGGGCCCCAAGGGUCGGAAUCUCUGUGCUACCUUCCAGCACACAGAAACAUUUGAGUUCCAGGAUGAAGUGGGAGAACUUUUGUUAUCUGUGUGUCAUACUGUGCACCAAGGAAUUUUGUGUUUCUUGCCAUCUUACAAGUUAUUAGAAAAGUUAAAAGAACGUUGGCUCUACACUGGUUUAUGGCAUAAUCUAGAGUUGGUGAAGACAGUCAUUGUAGAACCUCAGGGAGGAGAAAAAACUGAUUUUGAUGAAUUACUGCAGGUGUACUAUGAUGCAAUCAAGUGCAAAGGCGAAAAAGAUGGAGCCCUCUUGGUAGCAGUUUGUCGUGGUAAAGUGAGCGAGGGUCUGGAUUUCUCAGAUGACAAUGCCCGUGCUGUCAUAACAAUAGGGAUUCCUUUUCCAAACGUGAAAGAUCUACAGGUUGAACUAAAGCGACAAUACAAUGAUCAGCACUCAAAAUUGAGAGGUCUUUUACCUGGUCGUCAGUGGUAUGAAAUUCAAGCAUAUAGGGCCUUAAACCAGGCCCUAGGUAGGUGUAUUCGACACAAAAAUGAUUGGGGAGCUCUUAUUCUAGUGGAUGAUCGCUUCAGGAGUAAUCCCAGUCGAUAUAUAUCUGGACUUUCUAAAUGGGUACGGCAGCAGAUUCAGCACCAUUCAACUUUUGAGAGUGCACUGGAGUCCUUGGCUGAAUUUUCCAAAAAACACCAAAAGGUCAUUGAUGUAUCCAGAGAGGACAGAAAGUUUAUACAGGACAAUGAGUCUACACUUGAAGUGACCUGUUUGAAGGACAGUAGUUUAAUUUACUUAUCAGAAGUGACAAGUCCUCUAGCACCAGAAAAUCCUAGGAAAGAUGAAGCAAAAGCACGUGUCCAUGAACACCAGCGUCAUAAAAUAACUAAAAGUCCAUCUCUACCAAGAGGCAUCAUCUCUAGAAAGGAAGGAGAUGAUCCUGUAUUAUUUGAAGAGACUCCCCAGGCAGUGAAAGCAGAAAAUACUGUGAUUUCCAGAUCUACAAGCCCAACCUUCAACAAACAGACAAAGAGAGCUAGCUGGUCUAGCUUUAAUUCUUUGGGAUAUUACCUUACUGAUGAAAUUAUAGCUGCAGCUCCUAAGUUCAGGUUACCAGAAGACUCUGCCUCUAGUGUUUCUGCUUUUGAAACCGAAAAGGGAUGUGAAACAGUUUUUCCACUCACUGAUAAAUGUGAGUCCUCAGCUCUGAUGGUAAAUGCAUCAUUUGGACCAUGCCCUCAGUCAGAAAUCACUAUUUCAUCAAUAAAGAUUGAUUCUAAUCUUCUUAAAAGAAAUGAUUCCAAACAGCUGUUCUGCCGUGAAGAAGCCCUGGAUCUGGACCCUGAAUUGUCUCCAGUUGGUGAAGAAGCUAAAUUUUCCACCUCACAUAGAGCUUCUGAAACAGAAGCAGAGGAUGAAUCUAUCUAUUUUUCACCUGAGCUUUAUGAUCCUAUGGAUACAAAUGAAGAAAAGAAUGAACUAGUUGAAAGUGAUAGAGACAAUAGAUUGGCUAAUCAUUCAAAUUGCAUUUUAGUUGAGGAUCUUUUUGAAAUUAAAACUAUGAAAGGAGUGGAUUCAGUCCAAGAAAUGAAAGCUGAGGAUUGCACAGACACAAAGUUGAAUUGACUCAUGCAUAUCACAGAAAGUAAAAUCCGUAACAUUGGUAAUAAUGUAAAAACAACUCAUAAACAAAUUGGAACGGAGAAAACUUGUGAAACAGAUAUAAAGAAAUUUAAACAGUCUCCUUCCAAAAAUAAAGGUGUGUUCCAUGGUGUUAGGUAGUAAUACUUAACUGUAACGCUAUAAAAAUAUGUUGUCAUGCUUAUAUUAAAUGCUAACAUAAAUGACAAUUUCUACUUUAGAUAAAUGGUAUAGGGUUUUUUUUUAUUUUAAAAAUAUCUUUCACUUUCUUUGGUAUUAGAGGUUUUUUAGAAGUCUUUCUUUAUGUUCAGAAUGUAAAUUUUAUUGUUUCUGAGUUUUGAUAAAGUGAUUCAUACAAAAUAUUUUCCUUUAACAAGUUUUCUUUACCUAUAUACAAUUUAAAGUUAAUCUGAAAGAUACGUAGUUUCCUUUAAAUUUCACAUAAAUAUUUGUAUUUUGUAGUUCUUUUCAUUUAUUUUCAUACUGAUACAUAAAAAUGAAUAGCAGUCUAACCAGUCACACUUUAGGCAUGUUUCACUAUAUAUUUACCUCAAAUAAAUAUAUAAUUUUUAGAAAUCAAAGUUUUCUUCAAGAGUUUAUUCUUGUAUUAAACUGCCUACUUGUAAGUAAUUAAGAAUUAAGAAGAUAACUGAUUUUUUUACAUUGUUUUACAUUUUUCUGUUUUUGAUGAACCAAAGUCAAGCACAUGUUAAGCAAAUUAUGUAAAGUUACAAAAUGCCAAAUGAAUGACUCCAAAUUUUCAAUUAUAAUUAGUUUCAUCAUCAUUGUGGAAAAAAGUGACAUGUCCUUGCAUGAAAGCUAUAAUUAUAAAACUAUCAGGAUAGAAAACUUCAUAUAUAAAUUUUAUAAGUAGGGGCGCCUGGGUGGCUCAGUGGGUGAAGCCUCUGGUCAUGAUCUCAAGGUCCUGAGAUCAAGCCCCACAUGGGGCUCUCUGCUCGGCAGGGAGCCUGCUUUCCCCUCUCUCUCUGCCUGUCUCUCUGACUACUUGUGAUCUCUCUCUCUCUCUGUUAAAUAAAUAAAUAAAAUAUUUUUGUAAAUAAAUAAAUAAAUAAAUUUUAUAAGUUAAACCCGAACAUGUAACUGCAGCCAAAAAACGUUCUUAUUGCUCACUAAUUUUUUGUUAAUUUUGACUCUUUUUAUGUAUUUUUGAAUGAAGCUAUAUUUCUGAUCAAGUAAUUAUAGAAGAUGCACUUCACUAUCAUCUUUCCAAAAAUAUAUUUACUCGUCUUUUUCUAAGAAACAUUAUUAUUCAUUGGAUAUUUAUUUAGCUUUGUGUGGGUGAUUUGAAUUGAAAUUUUAUGAGUUGUCAAGUUGUGGAUAUGGUUUAUUAUUUUCAAUUUGAAAUUUCCAGAAAUCAAGUAUUUUAUAUAUUCAUUUUGAUAAAUGAAUUAUUAUAUAUAAUAUUUACUUUUAUUUUGAAGGUGUUUAGAUUGAACACAACAUUGGAUAGUACAACUGUAAGAAUAGUUCAAAGAAAUUUAAAUUGAUAAUUUACCAGUUCAAGAAUUCAUCUAUAGAUUAGGAUAUAUUAGAUCUCUAGUAUUACAUAUUUUCUUUGAGUAAUAAGUUACAAACACUAGAAUGGAAGAUAAUUUCUAAAUUGUUUUGAAAGGGUGAAACCAUUUAUCCUUUCUGGUUUAGUUCCUAAUCCACAGAUAAGGGUAGUGGGGUAGUAGAAAGAAUACCAGGUGGAAAACAAGAGACUUGUGCUUUAUUCCUAUGCUAAGUUACAUUGGCAAUCAUCCUGCCUUUGAGAAAUUAGUUUCAUUUGUGAAAUGUGGCAUUUAGUACUAUAAAAAUCACUUAAAUCCCUUUCAGCUUUAAAAACCCAUAGUUUAAAGAAAUAUAUAUUGAUAUUAUAUUUUGAGUCAAUUUUCAUUUGCUUUUGUUCCAGAAUGCUUUAAAUAAGGUAAACCAUUUUGUAGAAAAGGUGAAAUUGACACUCACCUCCCUUUAAGGAAUAACUGUUAUGAAUAUGCUGCUUAGUAAUUUGAGAAGCAAGAUAUUUAUUUUUAACAGUGCUGCAAUGAAAACAUUUUUUGACCCUUAAAAUUGCCUUUAGAAUUGGUAAAUGACAUGAGAAAAAUUAAGCACAAUAUAUUUUAGUCAUAACCUUGGUGUAUUAUCCAAAUAAACCUCAAAUCUAUUCUCUACAAAAUCUCAUUUUCUCAGGCUAAAAAUUUCCAUUAACUGAGAAUGUACAUAGAGAUGUGACACUAGUAUUUAGUGAUUCCAAAAGGUAUUUCAAAAAUUUAGUGCAAUGAUCUCACUAUUGAAACAGGUAUAGAGUUUCCAAAAAUAGCAACAUGACCAGGAUAGUAUUGCAAGAAUUAAAGUACCAGCCUUUAUGGGACACCUGUGUGGCUCAGUCAGUUAAGAGUCCAACUUUGAUUUCCCUCCAGGUCAUGAUUUUCAGGGUUGUGGGAUCAAGCCCCAAGUCGGGCUCAGCUUGGAGUCUGCUUGUCUCUCUCAGUUCCUCCAUUUGUGUAUACUCUCAUAAAUAAAUAAUAAAUA